AAUGGAGAGUGAAAAGAUGGCCUCCGCUAAGUUGUGGUCGAGUUGGGCACAGUGACAGCCAGCCGAGAAGGAAGAAUACUGGGAGAAUUAGGGUUUCACAGAAAGAGCCGCAGACUCUUCUCACCACCUGAUCAAUCAAUCGCGCGUCUUCCAUUGCUAAGGAUUAAUUCUUUGUUUCGCCGAAAAAUCGGUAAUUUGAUACAAGAAUCGCCAAAUUAGAUGGAGGACUGGGAAGAGGAGAAAGUUCCAGCUCUCCUUGCUAAGGACAAACCGAUACAUAAAUGGGAUGACGAAGAUGUGGAUGAAAAUGAUAUUACGGAGUCAUGGGAGGAUUUAGAUGAACCUGCUCCUCUGGAACCUGCAGCAAAGCCUGUUGCUGAGAAGGCACCUAAGAAACCUGCAACAAAACCUGCUGCAAAAGCUACAGAAAAGAAAGGAAAAACCGUUGAAGUAGAAAAGGAAGAGCCACUGGAUCCUGUGGCUGAGAAACUUCGCCAACAAAGGCUGGUGGAAGAAGCAGAUUAUAAGUCCACUAAAGAAUUGUUUUCCAGUGGAGGCAAUGAAAAAAACAUUGACAAUUUCAUUCCGAAAUCCGAAAGUGACUUCCUGGAAUAUGCAGAACUUAUUUCACAUAAACUUCGUCCAUUUGAGAAAAGUUUCCAUUAUAUUGGUCUACUCAAGGCAGUAAUGAGACUGUCAAUGACUUCGUUGAAAGGAGCAGAUGCAAAGGAAGUUGCAUCUUCCAUUACAGCAAUUGCAAAUGAGAAGAUAAAAGCAGAGAAGGAAGCAAAUGCUGGCAAAAAGAAGACAGGUGCCAAGAAAAAGCAGCUAAUUGUUGAUAAGGCGGAUGAUGAUAUAGCUGUUGAGGGCUAUGAUCAACUCGAUGAUUAUGAUUUUAUGUGAGUGUUUUGAUGUAGCGAGUUUUUAUCAAAAGGCAGUAAAGGAACACGUAUUUUCAACAUUGAAGUAGGGAGAAAGAUUCUGCGGGCACCCCCUCAACAGAGAUUGAUUGGUACGAGUGUUAUGUAUUUUGUCGAAUAAGAGUUUCAGAUAUCGUUUUUUUUUCCUCAUAUGAUGGUCAAUUUUGUCGGUUACGGAUGCUACAUGCUCUGCAUUUUGCUGCGCAUACUUGAGCUCAUGGGAGUCAUUGGCUUGUCAAAUUUAUGGCUACGGUUGCAAAAGAUUUGCCCUUUAUUCAUCUUGUUCUCCCAUUUGUUUCA